AUGGAUCGGAGUUGGAUUCAAAAUGAAAAUAGGUGUUCCACUGAGUACAAAGAAGAGGUAGGAAGCUUUAUGAACUUUGCACAGAAUCAUGCGGAUUCAGAGGGGAAGAUUCGUUGUCCAUGUCAUAAUUGUUGUAAUGUCUUGUUUCAAUCUUUAGAUGAUGUGGGAGAGCACCUAUUUGUUCAUGGCUUUAACAAAACCUACACAAAAUGGAUACAUCAUGGUGAGAAUAUGUGGGAUGAUGAGGUGGACAUGAGUGACAAUGAUGAUUAUACAACAUAUAAUGAAGUGGAGGAACCUGAUUUUAUGCAACAUAUCUUGGAAGACAUACACACGGGAACAUCUAUGCGUGAUAGUAAGGGGGAAGCAUUUACUGAAAAUAGCUCAAACGUUGCAGAAGGUCCAACAUCUUCGAAUAAAUUUGCAACAUUAUUGAGUGAUAUGGAGCGUGAACUUUAUCCAGGAUGUAAGAAUUUUUCGAAGUUGUCUUUCUUGAUUCAGUUUUUUCAUGUGAAGGUAUUAAAUGGUUGGACGAAUAAAUCUUUUGAUAUGGUGCUUCAAUUGUUUAAUAAAGCACGUGAAGAUAAUGAGCCAUUACCAAAAUCACAUUAUGAGGCUAGAAAAAUAAUGCGGGAGUUAGGCCUUGGAUACCAGUCAAUACAUGCAUGUGAAAAUGAUUGUAUGUUAUUCUGGAAGGAUUACGAAAAAGAUAAAUAUUGUUCUGUUUGUGAAGAAUCCAGAUAUAAGAUUCCUCGAAAGGUGUUACGGUACUUUCCACUCAAACCGAGGCUGCAAAUGUUGUUUAUGUGUAGAAAGACGGCUACAGAUAUGGUAUGGCACAAAGUGAAGCGUAUCGAUGAUGGUAUAUUGAGGCAUCCGGCAGAUUAUGAAGCCUGA